UUUUAGAAUCGCUCACCACGUUUUGCCGCAUGGUUUUAGGUUUCGCGUGUGUUAAAAUUUUAUAUUAUUUUUUGCUAAAUAAUUACUAAAAUAGUGAACCGAUUUGGUUUCUGCGACAUUAUGACUACACCACCGAUGAAGAGGAAAUCGAUUUCCGGUGAAGAUUGCCCAUUCAGCGCGAAGAAAACCAAAACUGAAACAGGGCAAAAAAGCAGCAGCACUAACAUCGAGAGGAAGUCCAAGAAAAAGCUGAAAUUAAAGAAACCUACUUCUAAAAAGAAUGUCGCUUUCCGGGGUGAUAAGAAAAACACUGCAAAACGAAUAUCAACCGGCGACGGGAUCAAUGGAAAUGAAGAUUCUUGUGACAAAUUUACGACUUCAAGUAACAAGGUGGUCGAAAAUUUCCGACAAAAAUUGAACCAAGGGUCGGUUGCUGCUGAUGUGAUCCGUCACUUUGCUCAAUCAAUGCAACAUAAUCCGUCAUAUGCCGUCGACUUCAUUCGUGCAGGUGGGACUUUCAAGCCACUCAUGAAAAUCUUGGACACAUUAAGCGCGGAAAAGCUAUCCGAGAUAGCAGACCUUUUCCAACUAAUACACUACAUUUUGAUUGAAAGCGUAAAUUACGAUAAAACGCAUGCCGAUUACGCUGCUAAGUGUGCCAAAACUAUUUUUUUGGAUCAUAAACCCUCGAUAGUGGCCCUACUGAAAGGACAGACGAACGAACAAUUGCUAAUUGCGGGAUUUCGUAUUUUGAAGGCAAUACUGCUGAUUGAUCACAGCUAUGGGAAAGAGAUUUUGAGACUGCUUGACGUAUGCUUACCUGAAAUGGAAAUGAAACGAUACCGCGAAACGUCUGCCAGUGGGUUCGUGGAAUCUUUGAGAGGGGUUUUUGUGGAUUUCAAUUUGUGCUUUUUGGUCGACACUGGUUCGGAGUUGGUUCGCGGGUGGUUAAGUAGGUUUCAGCUGUUGAGUCCCUUGGUGAUUAAUUUGGUGUAUGAUCGUGCAGAGAAUGUAAUCUUAGUGAUGAAGACGUUUAAGAAAUAUAUUCUGGAAGCACCCGAUAUAGACAAGUACAUCUACAGAACCACUUUCAGCACGGAUAUUUUGAAGGCCUUGGUUAAUGUUUACGAAUGGGUAGGACCUUCUGGGGAAGAUGUGGAUGCGGAACUAAAAGGCAUGGUGCUGAAUGCAACGGAGAAACUAGUGUUGCCAUUAUUGACCUCUAAGAAGUAUCAUUUGGUGCCGAAGGUUGUGGAUCUGAGUCGCGGUGUAUCGCGACAGAAGCACAUUUUGCUAGCGUUGAAGAAUUCUCAACUACACGAGCAUCAGAGAAAAUUGGUCUUGAAAAUUUUCGAAACUUGUCCCGAAGUUCUUCCGGCGGUCUUGGAAAAUUUUGGUUUGCUGCUGAAGACUAAAAAUCAGGAGCAUCGAAUUUUUUUGUUGGACAUCCUACGGUUGCUGAAACCAGAAGAAAUUGUUAAGAAUUUCUGUACAGCAGACGCUAAGCACGUGUCUAAUUUUGUUACAAAAUCUACACUUCCCAGAACUAUUCUGGAAUAUGUCACAACGUCUAUUAACCGAAAGGUAGCUGCGCCUUUCUGUUUUGAGUUUCUAGCUGUAAUGUUGAGUCAAUGUGAGAAAUAUCUCCAGGAAGUACCCAAACUCAAAAAUCUUGACCAAUUCGAUAUCAAAAAAAUAAGGUUUGAUGUCUUAAAUCAAAUUCUUGGAUUGUUUCCUACGAUCGAUGCAAUUAUGGGACUAAUGAUGCACCAUCAGUCGGACAAAAAAGUUUUUAAACCAUACAUUGCCAUGGAACACGCAAUGGAUAUUCUGCUGGCCUGUAUUCGUACCUUCCCGUCCUACAUCGAAAGCUCGUCGUUCAUCACUACCUACCGUAACAUUCUAAACCCAGUACACCGCCAGCAAGGAAACGAACACGAAUAUCUCGCGUAUGAGUUCAAAGCCAUAAAGGUUGUGAUUGCUCUCGAACCCCAAUCGAUCGCGUUCAACUCGGAACUAUUCCCAUCGGUUCUGAAACUACUUGCAAAAGUGUACCUCAAUGGAAGCCCGGAAAUGCAACGGAAAUCUACGACUCAACUGUUAACCCUAUUUCGCAACACCACCCUAUUUGGAAACAAUCCCACCGAGAUCGAGAUCUGGUUUCAAUCGCUACACGCAAGUCCCGCUCUUGUUCCGGAGCUGGUAUCCUUCCUGGCGUCUACAGUCCGUCUUGCAGCGAAACAACAAAACUUACCCAAACAAAACGAUCAUUCACUCAUCAAUGAAGCCUUCGAGAAAAUUCAACGCUCCGAUUUAGAUGAACUGUUCCACAGUGUGGAAGCUGAAGCUUCCGGGCAGCUUGAACAGGAAUUACCGGUGGAGCUUCCAGUGGCAGAUAAUUUUCUGAUCUACAUGUUUCAUCCAAAUACCACAAAACCGAAACACUUCUAUCCUUACCUGGAAGCGGUAGCGCUAAGAUACUUCCAUCUGCUGCCCCAUCCGGAAAUUGUACAGCACUGUACGAAGGAUGUUGGUGGUAAAAUGCAUAAAUAUUUUACCAAAUGGAUUGUGGAAGGAAAAGCGAAACCAUUGGAUGGUUUCGGCGAACAGAGUUCUCUCGGCAGGUUGAGUCGAUUGCUAUUGCAACAGGAACAGGCGCUACAGGAGGUGCUGCCCGAUGGAACUUCAAAUAGGUGUGAGCUGGUCUACCUCAUACAUGAGACAAUCUUCUAUGCGACGCGACUCAUAGAAAUGGGUAAAUUUGAUUCCGUCUACUCCAUGGUGUGUUCUUUCUAUCUGAACAGUUUCUUCGAUUUGUUACGCGAAAAAGAGACUGACCUAAACGAUGAGGAUCGAAAAAUGGGCGAACUUCUGAAGAACAUCUUCUGUCAUCGUCCCGUACUGUUUCAGUAUUUCACUGUGACUAGGCGAAAAGGUGAAAAAUCUGAUAACGAAAUGAACGUAACGGUCACCAACUUCAUCUACGAGCUAAUGAAAAAUCUUCAGUCGAUUCCGAACUUCUCUCAGCACACAGCUCUUUAUUCAAAUAAAAUCGUAAACGAAAUCAUUACCGCAUCUUCCCCACAUACAAGGGAUGGUUCUGAGUUAGAUUCAAAACUGGUUGACAAGCUACUGGAAAUUUUCCAGCUCAACGAGCGACACUGCGUUAGUUUACUGAAGCACUACUCGCAGUUGUCGCACAGAGAAUUCGUCAAUGACAAAAACGAGAAAACAUACAAUUUCAACCUGCUCACGAUAGGACUGAAAAAAUUGGCUGGCAAUAAAGAUUUCUUCGUAGAACAAGACACAAUGGAAAGGUUAUCAAAAAUUUAUAUUGAUUUAAUUCGAGAAAAUGGAAACGAAUUAAAUUUGGAUAGUUUGGACGAGGCGAUGCUGAGCUACUUGGAAACGUUUAGUCACAAUAUCGGACACAUGAAACAAGACAUUUUCCGGUGCUUCUUCGAAAGUAAACGGAUUGGUAAGCCGAUGGUAAAGCUGGCAACCUUUCUGCUAGCACGAGGCACAGGUUUCGAUUCGAUCCUGCUGGAAAUGAUUACAGCGAAUAUUUCUAAGAAAGAACUCGUAUAUCCAUUAAUAAACGUCGCUGUUCAGAAGAACAUCUUCAAGGACGGUAACGACGAUCACAAAAAGUUGCUAGCCGCGGCAUAUAAUGAAUUCAAGAGUGGCAUAAAUAAAACAAUCGAGAAGCCUGGUAAAGCUGCCGUUAUCUACAAGGAAAACACUUUCGCCAACCAAUACCUAAUUAGGAACUGCAUGCCAAAAAAUGAAUGCGUAGAUUUUGCUAAAAAGAAGAUCAAAAUAGAUUCACUGGAAGUGUACCAGCUGAAGCUGAUGAUGGAAAUCUAUCGGAAUGCUUUCGAAACAACGAAAACUGAUCCAACUCAAGUCAAGAUUCUCUACUUAAAUGUGUUCGGCGUUCUUUUACAAUUUUAUAACGUAUUGCUGAAAGUAGCCGAUCUGUUCAAAGACAUUGAAAAACUUAACGAACUCGUAACAGCUACUUUUACGUGGGUUAAAUUCAGUAAAAAAUGCAAUCAUUUAGCCGCCACAGAUUAUAAAGAAUUAACGGAAACCGCCAAUUGGACGAACUUUUGUAAGUUCAGUUUGAAGCUGGGAAUAGAUAUCCACAAAUCUCCUGACAACCCAAACCGACACGACGAACGCCUCCACGUGUUGCUGCAAAUCGCAGCAAUGUUAGUCGAUCUGUUCUACAAGGAUAACGGAUCUGCCGCCGAGAUAGUCAACUUUUACGAGCUGGCUUUGUCCCACUCCCGUUUUCUAAACGUUCUACUGGUUCCUUUUCAAUUUAAAGUGAAAACUUCUCUCGUUCAUCUUAUGCUGAUGUUGGCACGCAAAAACCACUCCGUAAUGGAUAAAAAGCAUAUCCCUAUACUGCUGGGAUCAUAUGGAGCAACGCUAACGGACGGCAACCGUUACAUAUUGGCGUUGAUUCAACACUACGAACGGUCCGGCAUUCACAUGCACGAGUACAGGCCCUUCCUGUGGGGUGACGCUGCCAUUAAGAAGUUUUCCCUCGGUCAGGAUGCAACCGAGCAGCAAAGUUUGGUCCGCAUAUACAACACCGAAGUUUUUUCCUUACUAAACAGAGAAAUGCUGAUCAACACGAUGAAUAACUUCCCCGUUUGGAGGAAGCUGGAUGCCGGAAUGCAGCUGCCAGAUGUGUCAUUCGAUGAUUUGAGCAGAAACGACUACGUGCUUGGAAAAUAUACUCCUGUGACGGAAAUCGAACGAUUCGUUGAGAGUGGGUGCCACCGGAAGCGAAAGGCUACAGUGGAAAUGCUGGAACACUGUACUAGUAAGCGGGAAGUUGCUGCUAGAAUUUACGAUCCCACAUUUCUGCUGCCCUUGUUGGGUUAUCUUUUUGCCCCGGAAAAUUACGACAUGCUGGACUGGGCUGGAAAGUGUGGAGCUCUGGCAAUUCCGUUUGUCUGUUUGGCUAGUGUGGAUGCACAAAUGCGACUAGCAGCCGGCAGUGUUGUGCUGAGGAUAAAGGGACAUUUGGAGCAGUCGAGAAAAUUUAUCGACUCCCCAUUCUGGCUGCAUCUAUUCACUUCCGUUCAAAACGGCCUUGCCGCGCUAGGUCGCAGCAAAUCUAGCACAAGCAGUGAGCCACCGGAUUUCACAAAGAGGAAACUUCCCAAGCCAGCAUUUCUACCGAGCCUGUUCAUCGGUCAAAUGGUCAACAUUCUUCCAGAUGUCCUCAAUGUGCUGCACUCGACUUUAACGCAUUACUUUCUGCUGAAGGACACCUUUGAUUUCAAAGCCGUUCCAAAUUUUCUAGUCAUGUUCCACAGCUCAGACGUCCAACAUAACAGUCACCGAGUGUUCAUUCUGGAGACAAUCUGUAACGGGAUAAAAACGCACGACGAUUUUAUGAUUCUACGUGUUUCGCCGGUGAUACGAGCCUUGAUUGACUUCUACGGGUGCGCUCUAUCCAAUCGCGACCUGAACAUACUAAUCCUAAACAUACUUAACAGUAUCGUGAAAAUUCCGAAGUCCUGCGAGGUGAUGAUCAACGCGAUUGGAUUCUUUACGUGGAUUAGCGAACGUAUCGAGGGAAUUGAAAGUUUCCACUUCGACACAAUUGAGGCAUUUCUGGGGAUCCUAAGUAACGCUUGGUACUCGGUUCAGAUUCAACGACAGCACUACAAUAUGAAACAGAUCAGCCGAGUUGUUUUGAUAAUGGUGUUGAAAUUUAUUCCUUUGCUGUCGACGAGAAGUUCCAGCAAAACUUUGACACGAUUUUUAAACCUACUGGAAAAGACAGUCGAGGAAAAUGAAACCAACAUCAAGCUUGUUACCGGCGAAGUUCUCGAACUGAUGUUGGUAUACUUCGAAAAACUGUUUGAACCACAGUUCUGGCACGUACAGUACGUGAAAUCUAACGGAAGUGAGAACUGCGAACAGUGUCAAUCUUUGGGAAGCAAGCUGUUAGCGCAAGAUGUCGACGAGAGUACGAUAUGUAUCAUACUUACACUUCGGAGGUUUGUUAUCCGAUGGCAGAAGGCGCAACUAGUGUGUAGUGUAAAACCUCAAUAAGAUUUUCGUUAUAGAUGAAAAGUUUGCAAAUAGUUAUACAUCCAAUCUAAUGUAACAUCUUAGAGUUCGUGUUUCAAUAAUAAAAGUC